GGUUGCGCGCCUAACUGAGCGGAUGUACCCCAGCCCUUCCGUACUUCUCGUAGAUGAUAAGCUACAAGAACAUCCCCACGAGGUCAGAGAUGCAGAGCGACGAUAGUCUGGACCUCAUUGACGAGAGUAAGCUGAAGAUUGUGUUUACACACACAGAACCCGACCCCACGGGGAAGACGAUACGCCCCACAAUCACAGAGUAUGACCCCAAGAAGAGAACAGUUCGCACAGAGCUGGGGGACCUGGUGCUGGUCAAGUACAAAUGUGCCUCCAACCAUGUGCCGGUGACUAUGACCAACGGCUCUACCCUGCCCUUGGUGGACACCACUAGCAAGGAUGCUGAGGCGGGGGGAUACAACCCCUUCGAACACCGACGCGUCACUCACCCCACCACAGACACAGAAACCCUGAUCCACUUGUUGAAGGGCAGUUUAGGCACAGGGAUCCUGGCAAUGCCUGCUGCCUUCAGGAACGCUGGGCUCUUCUUCGGACUCUUCGCUACCUUCAUCAUCGGCAUUGUUUGUACAUACUGCAUACAUAUUCUGGUGAAAUGCGCUCACAAGUUGUGCAGAAGAAUGAAAGUUCCUUCCCUUGGCUUUGCGGAUGUCGCUGAAGUAGCUUUCCUUGCUGGUCCUCCCAGUAUACAGAAGUUUGCCACAUUGUCAAGGUUUCUUGUCAACUUAUUCCUGGUAGUCGAUCUUCUUGGAUGUUGCUGUGUCUACAUUGUUUUUGUGGCAAAGAAUGCUAAACAGGUCAUAGACGUCAAUCUAGAAACAGACAUAGAUCUGAGGUUGUACAUGUUGGCGCUGCUGCCGCUGUUGAUCUGUAUGAACCUGAUCCGCAACCUCAAGUAUCUCGCCCCGUUCUCCAUGGUCGCCAACAUCCUGAUUGGGACAGGGAUGGGAAUCACCUUCUACUACAUCUUCCAGGACCUUCCCCCUGUCACGUCACAACCAAAGUUCUCAUCCAUGGCUCAGCUGCCGAUCUUCUUUGGAACGGCCAUCUUUGCCCUUGAAGGAAUUGGGGUGGUGAUGCCUUUGGAGAACAACAUGAAGACUCCGACUCACUUCAUCGGCUGUCCUGGUGUUCUCAACACGGGAAUGUUCUUUGUGGUUUUGCUGUAUUCCAGUGUCGGGUUCUUUGGUUACCUCAAGUAUGGAGAUGCCACGGAACCAAGCAUAACACUAAACUUGCCUGACAAUAUUUUGGCACAGUCAGUAAAAGUGAUGAUAGCAGUAGCCAUAUUUCUGACGUAUUCUCUGCAGUUCUACGUUCCUAUGGAAAUCAUCUGGAAAGCAGUAAAGCACAGGUUCACCAAACACCCUGCAUUGGUGGAGUACAGCAUCAGGAUUGUCCUUGUCAUCAUGACAGUACUGAUUGCUAUCAUGGUGCCUAACCUGGGGCCGUUCAUCUCCCUGGUAGGAGCCGUGUGUUUGUCUUUCCUCGGACUCAUGUUCCCGUCCAUCGUGGAGAUCAUUGUCUACUGGGGAUCUGAGGAAGGACUCGGCAAAGGCAACUGGAUACUCUGGAAGAACUUAGCUGUCAUCAUGUUUGGGGUUGUUGGAUUCUUCACCGGAUCUUACACAAGUAUCCUGGAAAUCAUAGAGGAACACUACAAGUCCUCUUAGGACUUUUUUGUAAAGUAACUGUAGAAAUGUCCUUUAGGCCUUCUGCAACAGUAACAUAUUGCUGAAGUCAUUUUCCAUCAGCUUGCUUCAAGAUCAAGAAAGUGCAUCCUAAAAGGUGUGCGUAAAUGAUCCCAAAAUAUGUUUAUUUGUUUUUGAACGUGUAAGUAGAAUUUUACUCAUCUAGUCAGAAUAUUGUGUAGUUUCAAGAAAAAAGCCAAAGUUGAAAACUUUGUUAAAGUUUUUGGCAAAGCUGUGUAAUUUGUUAUAAGAUUUUAAUUUGUGAAAUUUAUUAGCUGUUAAGUUAUAAGUUCCUUUUAUUAACUAAUCGGUGGUAACUAAACUGUAUAAAAAAAGGCUUUAAAGUUUUUAGUAUUAUUUUAUUACCUUCAGUAAACAUUGAAAUCCACACUGUGGUAUUGUGUAAAAUAGUUUGUAGCCAUACCUGUAUUGAAAAUAUCUCUUUGUUGUUACUGUUGUAAACUGCUCUAAAGGAACAAGAUAAAACAUUUGUGAUAUUGACUAAGUUAAGAGGUAUCACUCUUAGAGAGUGUAAAACAAAUAUUUUAUAUGUUGACCAAUGUAAUGGUGUAGUUCCAAACAGCUUUUAGGGUACAAAACUCGUGUAAACUGUAGAUAGCAAGACUAUGUAGACUAGUUUUAUGUUAAGUUAAAAUAUUUAUGAAGCCAGUGUUUUUUUCGGUGCUUCGUGUAGUUCAAAGUUCUCUAAUUUUAUUUAUAUUGUAUAACAAUAAGAAUAUGCAAUAAAUUUAUUUAAAUAUAAUUAUGUGUAUUCUCUUUUGAUUUGUAUAUGUUAGAUUUAGAUAUCCAAAAUGUUGUUGCUAAACAUUUUUUUUUAUAGUGUGGGAUUCAGUUUUAGUAUAUCAGGAAUGGCCAAUGCUGGGAUAUGUUUUGAUAGUGUUAUUUAUUCAGAAUUUUAUUUGAAUGUUUAUUGUACCCUAUUUAGCCUAAACAGAGUCAUUGUAGUAUAUUCAGGACUUUCCCUUGUAGGUCAGUAAAACUUACUAGAAAUAUUUACAGAUUUACCAACUGUUAUGUCUACACACAGUCAGUCUCAGCUAAAAAUGAUGUCAUAAAAUUAUAAACUGAUUUUAAAAUUGCAAAAAUUGUAAUAAUUUUUGUUAAACAAUACAGAAUCUAACAUAAAUACUGUGGUAGGUACUGUAGUCCAGUAUUUAAAAUUUAAGUCAUACUUUUUAAAGUUACCUAAGAACAAAUAAUUAAUUGUAUGAUUAUUUACUAAACUAUGUGUUAAAAAACUCAUCAAAGAAUUCUUGUUGUUUUUUUUACUAGAACUGAAACAAAUACACUGGUAUUGUGCCUUGCAAAAGUUCAAUGGCAGUUCAUUCAAAUAUUUUUUUUAAGUAGGCUACAUAGGAUGUAUGUUCAGAAACUUCGUCCUUUAUUAUGUUACCAAUGUAGAGAAGGAGAAUUUUGUUUGAAUACGGUAUGCCAUAUAUUUACUGUUUGUUACAAUGCAGAUACAUUAGUAUUAAACAAUUUUCCAAUUUCACUCUAAAAAUAUCACUCCCAAUGCCAUUAGUAGAACGCACAGCUAUUGAAUUCUUUAGAACUAAUUUACAACAUUGUAUAAAAGUAUCAUUAGAACAUGUCAUGGCCCUAUACUCUAGUAAAGUACAAAUAAAUUUAUAUUCAAAUAUUUUUUUACAACAAGAUAUUUGUGCCAAUCAAGUCAAUUACGAUAAUGUUAACGGGUAAACAAUUUUUACUAUAUUUAAAUGAAACUAAAUAAAAAUAUCUUUGCGCCAACUUUCACAAAAGUAAAAAAUGUAUUUUUUUAUUCAUGAGCUUUUUGUGAUAUUAAAAAGUGAUAUGAUACACUUUUCUGUCCAGUUUAACUGUAUAAUGUAAAUAAAUUUAAAAUGAACUGCACGAUUUUUUCUGGUAAAUACAAACAUUUUACCUAGUUUUUUGCUGUCAAUAAUAUUUACCAUUCAAUUACAUUCACACUAUGCCAAAUCCUAUUAAUAACUGAACUUUCAUUUAUAGAUUUUCAGGACUAGUUUUAUAAUUGAAACAAAUCUGUGAUAAGAUUUUUUGUGUUAAUGUUUUUUAGUCUAAGUUUAGAACAAACCCCUUUUUAAGUAACUUAUGGCAGUACUGUUGAGUAGCUCUAUAUCACAGCUCAUUCAUUACAAAAGAUAUAUGAGAAACUUUUUUUACUGAGAAUAUCACAAAACUUGUAACAGUGCCACUAAACUUUUUUAGACAACUUUAAUGGUGAUUACACUAGUGGAGAUGAGUUUGGCAUAUAAAAUUGUCAAUUGGAGAUGGAUGUACGAGCAUUGUUGAUGUUGAUAGAUUAAAAAUGUUUCAUGUUG